AUGUAUACUUAUGUCAAGUAUAUUGUGUAUUAUGCGCACAACAGAGACACCUUGAUUAGAAAUUUGAACAAUGAAUUAAAAAAACCUUUAUUAGAAAUAAACUACCACUUAUUUUUUGAUAAUUUCAGCAUUACUACUAGGAAUGUUUCUGGUCAAAAUGAAGCUAGCAAUAUUUUGGACUUUUCUGACCACAAGACUUGGUUCUGGUCCAUCACCGAGUUUGUUGUUGAUAAUGUUUCCUCUUUUGUGUAUUCAAAUAUAAUUAGAAAUGCAAACACCGUUUCAGACCUCCAUAAUGCAGACUUUAGCAAUUGUGAAUUUGAAAUUUCGAAGCUUUGGAAAUUGUUGUUUUUAAUGCCACCAUCUGGGAAUAUUGUAACACACAACACAGGAGGUUCACCUUUGAACGCUGCCUCAAACAAUAGGAUCAGCGAAGCCAUUGGUGUUAUUGAAUUUGAUUUAAAGUACCGUUCUACAUCAUAUUUAUUGACAGAACUAGUUGCAAAUCUUGAAAAAAAAAUAAAUACAGCGUUGUGUAAUAAGAGUUGGUAUUCCACUUGGGUAAUUUUAAAAAAACUUUUGAAUGGAACUAUAGACAAUUGUUUAGCUGGGAGCCAGGAAUUGUCAGAGUUGCCAGAAGGAUGGAUCAGUCUUAUAUUUGAGCGUAGAGCAAUAACUCCAAUUAAGACCUUUAUGUCUUACAUUUUAGAGCUCAAUAUUGAAACCACAAGAGAGGCCAUCCAAUUUAACAAUUCAUAUAAUAAAUACCGUGAUAAAUUCAUUAGUGACAGAUUGCGAACAUUAAGAAAUGACCCAGCUCCCAUUGAAGUUAUUUCAGGUUUAAGAUUGGUUUCAAAAGAUGAAGCUGGUGUUGAAAAAACAAAAAUCAUUAUCAACUCUGAAAGACCAAGGAUCAUACCAAAUCAAGUCCCCCAACAAAAUUCAGUUGGUGCUACUCACAAUAACCAAGUGAUAAAUAACUCAACAAAUCAAAUAUUUAGUUACACUUUGUGCACUAAUUUGGAUCAGGGAUUGUUGGUUGAUCUUGAACACACUAUAUUUAUGAAUUUCAAUAGCAAAUUCAAGAAGCAGCAAGACGGAAGCCUUACUGGAAGUGCUGAAUGCAUGUUAAUCAAUGAUGUCAAUUUUUAUACAGCAGCUGAGACUCCCACUCUUCAACAGAAAUUAAACUCUAGGAUUCUAAUUGGUGCAUUGAUUUGUGAUAAAUCCAAAAUAGCAGACGGAGAUGAAAGUGGUUUAUCGGCACAGAGACCAAUCAGACGCAGAUCAACAAACUCUAUAUUGGAAAAACUGGAGAGCAAUUUAUACCCUAAUGUAGAAAUUCAAGCUUGGACCCUCAAAUCAUCCUUCUUCUCACUUAAACAACAACAACCCUCCCCACCGCUGCAACAGAAGUACCAAGAUUGA